AUGCAGGCACAGAUCGCAGGGCUGCUGCAAGGCGGCAGAGCGCUCCUUCCGAGUCUUGGAGUUGAGCCAGGUGGUAAUUCCCACUUACGGAACGGUGCCAGAUCAGCAAAACCUUCAUACUCCAGAAUGGGCUGCUUUUGAUGAUAAGCCUGACUCCUUGUUCUUCAGUGAUGGGCAGCGAAGAAUUGACUUUGUUUUGGUGUAUGAAGAUGAAAGCAAAAAGAUGACUCACAAGAGGAGUGACCGUAAAAAGCAAAAGAGGAAGAGACAAGUUUAUGAAUCCAAUCUGAUAAACAACGGUCUGCAACUUGAAGCCACAAGAUCGGUCUUGGAUGAAAAACUUGUUUUUGUAAAAGUGCACGCACCUUGGGAAGUGCUUUGCAGAUAUGCUGAGGUUAUGCACAUAAAAUUGCCUCUGCAGCCUGAUGACCUGAAAACCCGGGAUUCAGCUUUCAGCUGGUUUAGUAGUCUGUUCAGAGUGGAUGAAAAUAUCAUCAAACCUGAGCAAGAGUUUUUCACUGCCCCCUUUGAACGGGAACAUUUGUCCAACUUCUAUAUUCAAGACAAAGAUACAUUUUUCAAUCCUGCAACUAGAAGCCGAAUUGUUCAUUUUAUCCUCUCCCGUGUGGAAUAUGCAACGAAAAACAAUGUGAAGAAGUUUGGCAUUAACAAAUUGCUAGAUUCUGGAAUCUACAAAGCUGCGUUUCCCCUUCAUGAUUCUAGUUUCAGUCACCUGUCAACUGACCCUGACUGUCCAAGUGAACGAUAUCUUCUCUACAAAGAAUGGGCUCACCCUAAAAACAUUUUCAAACUUCAACCACUGGAUUUUAUCAGGAAGUAUUACGGAGAGAAAAUUGGAAUCUAUUUUGCUUGGCUGGGCUUUUACACUAAUAUGCUGAUCGUAGCUGCAGUUGUUGGAGUUGGCUGUUUUCUGUAUGGAUGCCUGACAAAGGACAACUGCACCUGGAGCCAAGAAGUAUGUGAUCCCAGCAUAGGAGGUAAAAUCAUAAUGUGCCCUCAAUGUGAUAAAGUAUGUACCUACUGGAACCUCACCAUCACUUGUGAAUCAUCCAAGAAACUCUGUAUAUUUGAUAGCUUUGGAACACUGGUAUUUGCAGUAUUUAUGGGAAUAUGGGUUACCUUGUUUUUGGAGUUUUGGAAGCGAAGGCAGGCAGAACUGGAGUACGAAUGGGACACGGUUGAGUACUUAGAACAGGAAGAACAAAUUCGGCCCGAAUAUGAAGCACAGUGCACACAUGUAGUAAUGAAUGAAAUCACACAGCAAGAAGAGCAUGUGCCAUACACCGCCUGUGGAAAAUGCAUUCGUAUGACUUUCUGUACAAGUGCAGUCUUUUUCUGGAUUGUUUUGAUUAUCGCUUCAGUUAUUGGAGUCAUUGUCUACAGACUUUCAGUUUUCCUGGUGUUUUCUGCAACGUUGCCACAACACGUUAAUGGAACACUAGCAAUCCGCAAGUACCUGACUCCACAAACAGCUACUUCAGUAACUGCUUCAAUCAUAAGCUUUUUAGUCAUUAUGAUUCUGAACAUCGUCUAUGAGAAAGUGGCAAUCAUGAUUACUGACUUUGAGCUUCCGAGGACACAGACCGAUUAUGAAAACAGUCUGACCACAAAGAUGUUCUUAUUCCAAUUUGUCAACUACUAUUCUUCAUGCUUCUACAUAGCUUUUUUUAAGGGUAAAUUUGUAGGUUACCCUGGAAAACCAGUUUAUUGGCUGGGAAAAUAUCGCAAUGAGGAGUGCGAUCCAGGUGGAUGUCUCCUUGAGCUCACAACUCAACUUGCCAUCAUCGUAGGAGGUAAAGCAAUCUGGAAUAACAUUCAAGAAGUACUUCUUCCUUGGGUUAAGAAUCUAAUCAGAAGAUAUUGUGCAGCUGCUAGAUCAGAAAAAAUUGUUCCACGCUGGGAGCACGAUUAUCACCUGCAGCCCAUUGGAAAACUCGGAUUGUUUUAUGAAUACCUUGAAAUGGUUAUACAGUUCGGAUUUGUCACUCUAUUUGUGGCAUCAUUCCCUCUGGCUCCUCUACUGGCUCUUAUUAACAAUAUGCUGGAAAUCCGCCUGGAUGCCUGGAAGAUGACGACGCAGUUCAGACGCAUGGUUCCGCAGAAAGCACAAGACAUAGGAGCGUGGCAGCCCAUCAUGCAAGGAAUAGCCAUUCUGGCCGUGGUUACCAAUGCCAUGAUAAUUGCGUUUACAUCUGACAUGAUUCCUCGUCUGGUUUAUUACUGGUCCUUUUCAGUCCCUCCUUAUGGGAAUCACAUCACUUACACUAUGAAAGGCUAUAUAAACAAUACGCUCUCUGUCUUCAAUGUCUCAGACUUCAAGAAUGAAAGCAAGCCGUUUCCCCCUUGGCUUGGGAACCAAACAACAUGCAGGUACCGUGAUUUCCGCUACCCUCCUGGUCACCAGCAUCAGUAUGAGCAUAACAUAUAUUACUGGCAUGUCCUUGCAGCCAAGCUGGCGUUCAUCAUUGUCAUGGAGCAUGUCAUAUACUUUGUGAAGUUUAUUAUUUCAUACGCAAUACCGGAUGUAUCACAGAAGACCAAGAGCAAAGUUAAACGAGAGAAAUACCUAACACAGAAACUCUUGCAUGAAAAUGACGUCAAAGUUGUGAAGAAAACCAUGGGGAAAAUAGCUGACAAAAUUUUCAAAGGAGUAGAUGGUCCUUUCCGACCUAAAAAUGAAUAAGUACUUUUUUAUAUGAAAUAACAAUACUUACUCAGCUUAUGCCUAUCCAUACAUUACCAACAGCUAAUCAAGAACUUUGGAUUAACUCCCUCUGCUAAAUACUGUUUCUUGCAACUGUCUCCUGCACAUUUCCAUGUUUCCCAUAGGCAAAAAAACCACUGAGACUUGGUGAAGAAUUAUCACUUUUUAAAACAGCUUUAGUAGGUCAUACUUUUCUAACCUGUGAUGAUAGAUAUUAUUUAUUAUCUUAAGAUUAUGCACAUUAAUUCUGAAAUGCAUAGAGUGCUUUGCACUUUCUUUAGGCCUCAGCUAUUUGAUCUGUUGUAGAACUUGACUAAAGCUCGAAGAACCAGGAUUGUUUUCUGUAAGACUAACAUCACUUCCUGUGAAAGAGUUUUGAUUGCCUGAUAAAGCAAACGCCAAAAAUAUGAAACAAAGAGGAAAAAACAAGCUAUGAAGGAGAGAGAGGAAAACACAACUCAAAAUCCUGUUUCGAAGCAAUUGCAAUUGAUAUACUGAGCACUGUUCUGUGCUGCACUGAGGAGUUAUGCAGACUGGAAUGGAUAAUAAGGUAUUUCGGAUAAUCAUGGGCUUGGAUCCCAAGAAGCAGCAAGAGCGGAAGCCCAUCCUGUUCAUCAAUCUCUACGCAAACAGGAGAAUUGCCUUUGAAAUCAAUGCAUACAAACUGACUUAGAGCACUCUGAGCGAGCAGAAAAUCAGGUAUUUUGUCUUUCCCUAGUCAAUGAACUUUCAUUAGUUCCCUUGGCCUUGUAACCUCGAAGGUCUCUACCCUUUAGUAGUGGUAAGUGAUAAAAGUCUUUCCAUGUACUCGAUCAAUAUUUGCAGAGGGCUCUCUUGCAUUUCCCCCACGCCAGGGGCACCGUUCACUUCCCAGGUGGAUUUCAACAUGCAAAGAACAGAUGUGCAGCUGACCCUGCCAUGGUGCAAUAUUGUACGAUGAGUCCAAGUUGGACAUGGCCGUGGAUCUACUGAAACUUCAGACCGGAAUAAACAACAUGCCUUAACUGAGCAUCAAACUUUAUGAAACUUGAAAUAACAAGGAGGAUGUUAGAUAUAUGGAUAAAAUCCUCAAAUUCGGCUGUGUAUCUCCUUGGUGAUUUUGUGCCUUGCGGAUUAAGCCUGAAUGUAGAGCUCCACUUUGAGUCUACAUCAGCACCUUUCCAGAUUAUUAACUGCUUUGUGUUUUAAUGGUUAUAAGGGACCAAUUGCUACAGAUCUUGAAAACAAAAUCAUGUUAAAAAAAGUAAAAUGGUGUCUGCAUUCUGUAAACCUGGGAAUUACUGAUGGGUUUGUAGUUUUGUACUCCCAAAAUUGAUUAAUAUACAGAAUUCUUAGGCAGAUUAUUUAUGGAGCUCCUUCCUUAUUUUGAAGUUUGCAGAAACUUAAGUAGCACCAAUAUCAUGUACUUUAUUCCAGCAAGAUAGUCUGUCACUAUAAAUGGUUGUCAGCCAGAACGGGGCUGGCAC